AUGGAUAACAAAGACGGACAAGUUGACAUAGUUGGAAAAAUAGUGAUUGAUCUCAAUAUUGACUAUCCUAGUGAAUGUGAUAGUUCUGAAAGUACAAAUACAAUCUUAUGUAUUGAUUUGGAAUCAGAUGUGAUGAGACAUGCCAUCAACGGAGAUGAUAAUAUACAAAAUGGGUUCGAGAUGAAGAUUAGAAGUACGGAAAAUGGUAAAGAUGUUGAUUGUGGUAAUAGCAAUGAUUCACAAGGGAAUGCAAUUAAAGACGUUUUUCAUGAGGCAAAAUAUCGAUGGUGUAUUUUCCAUAUUGUAAGAAAUUUUGAAAAAAUAUGGGGAGAAAUAUUGGAGAAAUAUAAGUUGCAAAGCAUCAAUUUGUUUAAUGAUAUGUUCAAUCUAAGACAUCGAUGGGUUCCUGUGUAUUUUAAGGAUGAUUUUUGCGCUGGAAUGUCUAGCACCCAACGGAUUGAAAGUAUGAAUAACUUUUUCAAAGCAUUUGUGAAUCUGAACACGUCUUUGAAAGAUUUUGUUCAUCAAUAUUGCCUUGCAUUAGGUAAACGAGCGAAUGAUGAGGACAAUGAAAAUUUGCGAUCAAUUAAUAAGCCAACGUUGCAUUUCACUGAAUAUGUCAGUAAGGGUAUGUUUCAACAGCUUUAUACAUCAAAGAAAUUUGAUAAGUUUCAAGAUCAGAAGCGUUUAAUGACAUAUACUAGUGCAAAAAAAUUCCAAGAUGAUGAAGGAAUUUGUGUGUACGAUGUGGUUACAAAAAAGGAUAAAUGGCCUUGA